AACGAAAAUGAGUCAUCAAUCAAAUCGCUUCCUUCCCUUCCCUUAUAAAUACCGUUCCUUUCUUCCCCUCUGAUCCUCCUCUGCUUACAAAUUUCAAUCUCUCCAUCAUGGAUUCAUACUCCCCUUUCGAUUCUCUCAUCUUCGAUUUGGAUGAUACUCUGUACUCUUCAAGCAUCGGAUUCGGUGACGCCACCAAGCGUAACAUAGAUGAUUUUUUAGUUGAAAAAUGCGGAUUUGAACCGAGGAAAGCUUCUGCUCUUCGUGUUCAACUCUUCAAAACCUACGGAAGCACUCUCGCUGGGUUACGAGCGUUAGGUUAUGAUGUGGACGCCGAUGAAUACCACAGCAUCGUGCACGGAAGGUUGCCUUACCAUCUAAUCAACCCAGAUCAUCAAUUAAGAGACCUUUUGCUCACCAUCACUCAACGCAAAAUCAUAUUCACAAAUUCGGAUCGAGCCCAUGCGAUCAAGGCGUUGAAUCUUCUUGGAAUAGCCGACUGCUUUGAGCAGAUCAUCUGUUUUGAGACCAUGAAUCCGAAUCUAUUCAAUUCCAAGUCCAAGUCGGAGGACUUCCCUGUGGUUCUGAAGCCUUCAUUAGAGGCCUUCAAUAUUGCUAUUGACGCUGCUCAGGUUGACCCUACCACAACGCUGUUUUUUGACGACAACGUUGGAAAUAUUGCAGCAGCCAAAGCUGUUGGACUUCAUACCGCUGUGGUUGGAAAAACAAUGGUGACAAAUGGAGCAGAUUAUGCUUUGGAGAAGAUACAUGACCUGUCGCAAGUUAUUCCUGAAAUAUGGUUCGCAAAACCGCACUUGACUGUGUAAAUGAAUGUAAAACAACAAUAAACCGUGCCUCGGAACGUACAUAUAAAACAAACUCAUGGCAAUGUCUGUAGAGAAUUGAAGCUAAUUAAUUUGUUAUCAGUGUCUAAUAAACAAUGAUAUCAACUUUACUUGUUUGGUUUGUAUGUAUUCAAAGGCAAACUAGGAUAAAUAAAUGUUCAACUGUAACUAAUAAAUUAGUUAUAAUGAUAAUGUCGUGUGUAUUUGUGAUGGAA